ACCAGAUUGACUAGGAUAGCACUGCAUCCAAGCCGCUCCUUGAUUGACGCAAAUGGAUAUAGACGCUUCGUAGUCACCUAUUGCGAUGAAAUAUAGACUCCUUCCCAGAACCUUUACUCCUUGGAGUAAAUCCUGGCUCCGUGAAAUUUCGUCCCAUCUCGAUCCGAAUAUCAGACAACACACAUCACUAUGCCUUGUACAUGCGAUCGCCGCAUCGUACGUAGGAUAUUUUCAAACUGUACCGCAACUCCGAAGCAUAAGACACAAGAUACCUCAUUCGUCCACUGCGGUGAUCGUGGAGGCCCAAACUGCACGGGAUACAAGGACGUACACCUCGCCAGCUCGACGGUUAGGACACCGGGGAAUAUUUGCCCGAAGUGUUAGAUACCUUCUGUGGAAGUGGCCCCAGCCAUUAGGGGAUGCGACCUUCGUACUACCAUCUCGACAUCGAACCAGUUUAGGAAGGAGCGAAUGUGACGGAUAGGACGUGGUUGGUGUGAAGAGCACGGCCUGGGACUGGGAACCCCUUUAAUAUGCACUACAUUGAUUGUAUCUCUCUCG